UCCUUGCGCGCUGGGGGCGGCGCGCGCUCGUCAGCUCACGGGGCACGAGGCGGGCGGACCUCAGGGUGAGGAUCAUGUGUAGUCCACGCGCCGAAACUGGGUUAGUGAGAAGCGGAGCUGGAAGAAGAAGCUGGAAGAAGAAGAGCUGCUGCCACUUUAUGUAAUUUAAUCUCAGCCGCUCGGAGCUGAGACACUUUGCAGGCGCUAGACAACAAAGACGCGUCGCUUUUAGUACGAUUUGAAGAGAGAGCAGGAGAAAAUCCAUAUGAGAAUUCGUUGUUGUGAUAGUUUUCAGCUGCUCCGGUUUGGAGCGAAUAACAGAAAUUGUCCUGCGCUCUGGUGGUUGUUUUGUUUUUGGUUUGUUUGCUUCUCUUGCUCGUGGAGUUACAUGUCCCAAAGAGUCCAAUAGACCACCGCCAACAUGAGAGCACAAAUAGAAGUGAUUCCUUGUAAAAUCUGUGGUGACAAAUCAUCAGGCAUUCAUUAUGGUGUCAUCACCUGCGAAGGCUGCAAGGGUUUCUUUCGGCGUAGCCAGCAGAACAAUGCCAUGUACUCCUGCUCACGGCAAAGAAACUGCCUAAUUGAUAGGACCAACCGCAAUCGUUGUCAGCACUGCCGGCUGCAGAAGUGUCUCGCUCUGGGUAUGAGCCGUGAUGCUGUGAAAUUUGGUCGCAUGUCCAAGAAGCAGCGAGACAGUCUGUAUGCAGAGGUCCAGAAACACCAGCAGUCCCAGGAGUGCGGCGGAGUCGGCGUCUGCGAGGAGAACGGUGACAUGGCUGACCACAAUCGCACCUACAGAAGAGGCUCCAGCGCUGCUCUCAGCGACCUGGACGACAUCUCUACCCUGCCAGAGGGCCUGCUUUUUGACCUGCAGCUGACUCCAGAGGAUGGUGGUGGGGAGUACUGUAACCUGGACAUGCUGGGAGGAAGUGCAGGCAGCAGUUCCUCCUCUCAGAGCUCACCAGAUCAAUCCAGCUUGGACUUUGUAGAUGGAAACCAUGGCAUCAAACAUGAAUACCAGCUGUUGCAUGAGUCUGGACUCUUCUCACAUGCUAUUCUCAACCCACUUCCAGAGGGCUGCUCCCUGCUGGAGAUAGAGCGUAUAACCCAGAGUGUGGUUAAGUCCCAUAUUGAGACAAGUCAGUACGGAACAGAGGAGCUGAAGAGAAUGGCGUGGAACCUGUACAGCCCAGAAGAGACGCGCUCAUACCAGACCAAGUCAGCUGAGGUGAUGUGGCAACAAUGUGCUUUUCACAUCACCAAUGCCAUUCAGUACGUGGUAGAGUUUGCUAAGCGCAUCUCUGGCUUCAUGGACCUCUGUCAGAAUGAUCAGAUCAUCCUCCUCAAAGCAGGCUGCAUGGAUGUUCUUCUGAUCCGUAUGUGCCGGGCCUACAACCCCAUCAAUAAUACAUUGCUCUUUGAUGGAAAGUUUGCCACUCCUCAGCUUUUUAAAGCUCUUGGCUGUGAUGACCUCGUGAGUGCGGUGUUUGACUUGGCAAAAAGCCUGAGUCGUGUAUCGAUGUCUGAGGAGGAAAUGGCGCUCUUCAGUGCUACUGUGUUGCUCUCACCAGACCGACCGUGGCUAACGGAUGUCCAGAAGAUCCAGAAGUUGCAAGAAAAGGUUUAUGUGAGUCUGCAACGCUGUCUGCAAAAAGAAGGUGCAUCAGAGGAGAAGCUAGCCAAGAUGGUUUCUAAGCUUCCUGUAAUGCGGUCGAUCUGCAACCUACACAUUGAUAAACUGGAGUUUUUCCGUCUGGUCCACCCUGAGACCGCCUAUACUUUUCCACCUUUGUAUAGGGAAGUUUUUGGCAGUGAAAUCACCUUUCCAGACUCUACGGAGGGCUAGUUUAUCCAUUUAGUUUGAAUGUUAUGUUUAACAUAGCGACACUGAGGUUCAUAUAGAGGAGGAUUAAAAAAUGUGGCGGACAUCAGAGGCAAAACCAACUAGUAGCCCAAUGACAAUCCUGCACGUUACACUUUAGCACACAAUCCUCUCACCUCUGAAGUCCAAACCCUGUGGAGUAGCUUCCACUGCCCUGCAGGCCAACCCUCUCAGCUUAACUCAGUGGGGGCUGCUUCUGGCUCAUCAGUGUCUCCUUUUGGUUUUCUUUUUAAAGAAUGAAGAAAUAGUCAACAGCAUUUGAGUUUGCAGAAAUAUUUUUCUAUAAGACUCAUCAAAUCUAAACAGUUUCUGGUGUAUAUUUUGAUGUAUUCAUUCUCAUGGCUUCUGUAUAAGAUUGUUGAAUGUACCUCCCUCUUCCUGUAACCAUCCAGCACAGCCCUGGGCUUCAAAUAGAAUGUAGUAAACUCCUCACCCACUUUGGGAGAUUUACAGUGAAGAUGCCUGUUUUUGUUGCAAAGUCUAGAAACGGUUUUUGUUUCAUUCUGAAGAUUGCAGUUUUGUGACAUGAUCAAACUGUGUAAAGGGACCAUGAUCAAAGUUAAAAGCAGAAAAGUCAUUUUCUUUUCUAACUGUAAAUCACAUUCAGAUACUGAGCUCGGCUACUGCCGUGCACCAACAAACACUUUCACAAAGAGCACAAGACACAGCACUUGAGCUAAAUGAUGUUAGCCGUUGCUACUAGCACACCUUAGACACCGUUGUCAGUAAAUGGUGACUUUUAUCUUUUACUUUUAUGCAAUCAGUGACCUCAACCCAAAUACCUUUUCCCUUUGCAAAUGCCACUUAGAAAGUGAGACGAUUACAAAGGUAUUUGUGGACAUAUUUUCAGAUGUACUUUUUUAUAUAUAAAUAUAUUUAUAUAUAAAAGCAUCUAUAAAAAUGUGUAAAAAAAAAAUAAAAAUAAAAGAACAUAUGAGGAGAGCAGGUCUUGGGCUCAGGCUAUAAUGUCCACAUUUUAUGGUUCUGGGAUUAAACAGGAGAGACAUUGUAGCAGAAAUGAAAAAGAAAGUGUUUCAUCAGCACUUACACCUCCUUGUUGGGACCCAAAACAUCUCUUAGAAACAGGGUUUUAUAGGUUUGCAGUCAAACUGCCAGCUGGGAUGCUUGUAUUUAAACCAGAUAGAAAAGCUAGAUGAACCCGCUACCUGUGAGCAUGAUGCUGAGAGGGAAGAGUUAUCUGCACAAAUGUCUCAUCGGCCUGAGACUUGAUAUUGAAGUCGAGCUUACAAUGAAGGGACAACAAAGCAUGGGUGAUGGUGUUAUUCAAGCUUCCCAUGCGUCACGAGAUGUUAUCGCUCCUCUUGGGUUGGGUUGAUUAUGUGGUCUGAUCAGAGAAUGAUAACCUCUAUUCUUUAACUCCCCACCGCCUAACUACCUCACCUUCUCCAAAACACUAGAGGGCAAAGCACAGGGUUCAUAACUCAGUGUUGCACACUAGAGAGCCUCUUCAGAAAAUCCUAACUCCUAGUGGCAACACUGAGAGGUGGAGUAGCAACUAGGCAAUAAUUCAAAAUGAUACCAUUGUUAUUGAAACUGGAGAAGAAAACAAAUGAAUGGAACACUGGAUCUUCAUGUGCUAAAGACACAUUCUGGUUUUUCAUAGCACUUUUUGCCUUUUGGGUCCAGGAAGUUCUGGAUGUGUACAGAUGUAUCUCAAGUUACAUCUCCGGGGAUACCAAUGGGUGUGUCCAGAUGAGAAGUCUUUAUUUGAGGAAGGAUGUAUUGGAUUUCUGUCAAACAAUAAGUUUCAACCAACAAACAUAAAGAGGACAUGAGAAAGCAACGGCUAUCCUUGGAGUAAACAUGUUUAUAUACAUACAUAUGUAAAUAAGUUUAAUGACAAUCACACGACAGGUGUUGAUGUCUCGGUAACAUUUAUUAAGCUUUGCGCUGCUGGGACAGUGCUGUUCACCAUUAACUUCACCCAGUAUGAAGGGAGCAUGACCCUCGUCUUGGUACUUUAAAAAAGUGGCAUUGUGGGAUCGUGCAAUAAUGUCUUUCCCAUUGUUUUCAGUAUGUUGGGCCCUAGUUUAAAUGUAUUACAAUCACUGUUUUCACAAACACUCCAGCUUUAUAACCUCACAGCACAACACAUUAGUAUUCACAGCAUAAUAUACCAAAAACUUCACUAACAUCUUUACAGAUCAGAUUAAUCAGCCAGGUGGCACCCACAGAUUGUAGCAAAGUGCAAUGCUUUGUGUUUGGAGCCUAGUCUCUAAAGACCUGUGUAGUCUGAAAUAUCAGACUUCUGAUCUGUUUUGUCCGUUCCCUUUAGAGUCACUCAGGGAGAUGGCUGGGCUCUCUAUCCUACAGCAACUGCAGUUAGUCGAGCUAGCAAGGCACCUUGCACCUACCUAAAAGACCUUUAAACCUUGAUCACUGUGUACAGUACAUGUCCUUGUGAAUGUUUGAUUACAUAAGUAUCAAAGAUUUUACCCUGUCUCGUUAUUAUAUCAAGACUUUUCUAGUUUAAGUCAUAGAUUUAAUAGGAUUUUUUAAGUAAACAUAAAAGAUCAGUUCUAAUCUCUGAAUUUUAUUCUGUUGUGAUCUUUUUCCUUUUCUGUUGUACUGUUUGUUUUAUUUCCUCGUCAGGUUAGUGUCCUUUUUGUCUCAAAGAGAUGUAAUUUUAUUUUUUCUAAAGAGCGUUUUUAAAAAUAAAAUGUCCCCCAGAAGGUUUUACUUUUGUCAUGAUCCUUCUGUUUAUGAUCUUUUCACUUUAUUUUAAGAUGAUUUAAUCCAGCCAGAUUAUUAUGGAGUAAUUUAAGUCAUUGUUUGUGAAGCCCUAGAGGUUUUAACACAGUGAAGUGUUAUUGCACAACGGUGAUACUGUAUGUGGAUUCAAGAAUGUAAUAAAGACUUUUUACAAGUAAAACUAAA